UUCCAAUUAGGGUUCUAUUUCCUCUCUCCUUUUUAUCAUUUCCUUCUCAGAAACUAAGCACUCAAAGAGGCUAUUUUCAGCACCGUAUAGAUGAGUCUAACGGGUACGGAAAGCUCGGAAGAGGGUGCAGGGCAUUUGGAGCCUCCAGAUCCUGAUGUCCUUGAAAUUGAUCCAACUUGUCGCUACAUCAAGUAUAAAGAAGUGAUCGGCAAAGGAGCCUUUAAAACUGUCUAUAAAGCUUUUGAUGAAAUCAAUGGAAUUGAAGUUGCAUGGAGUCAAGUUCAGAUUGACGAAGUGUUACAAUCACCAGGUGACUUAGAGAGGUUAUAUUCUGAAGUGCAUCUCUUGAGAUCACUAAGGCAUAAUAACAUAGUAAGAUUCUAUAAUUCUUGGAUUGAUGACAAGCGCAAGACCGUUAAUAUGAUAACAGAGUUGUUUACUUCGGGUAGCCUCAAACAGUAUCGUAAAAAACACAAGAAGGUUGACUUGAAGGCUGUUAAAGGAUGGGCAAGACAAAUUUUAACAGGAUUAAACUAUCUUCAUGGGCACAACCCAGCAAUUAUACAUAGGGAUCUGAAAUGUGACAACAUAUUUAUUAAUGGUCACCAAGGCGAAGUUAAAAUUGGAGAUUUGGGACUGGCGACUUUCUUGGAGCGAAGUAAUGCCAAAAGUGUAAUUGGAACCCCGGAGUUUAUGGCACCUGAAUUGUACGAUGAAAAUUAUAAUGAAUUAGCUGACAUAUAUUCAUUUGGUAUGUGUAUACUUGAGUUGGUGACUGCUGAGUAUCCUUACAGUGAAUGCAGAAACUCAGCACAAAUAUACAAAAAAGUUUCAUCCGGUAUAAAACCUGUUGCUAUUUCUAAAGUGAGAGAUCCAGAAACAAAAUCAUUUAUUGAGAAAUGUAUUGUCCCAGCACCUCAAAGAUUGUCAGCAAAGGAACUUCUGAUGGACCCCUUUCUUCAACUGAAAAGUUCAACAAAGAGUCCUUUUCCAUUGCCAGAUAUUGUUCUUCCCAAAUUGGGAGCCUUUGAAAGCCGCUGUAUGGUGUCAGAAGGUCCUGUUAGUACAUGUAGUGGAGACAUUUCUAUAGAUGUUGGUGACACCCGUGAGUUGCCUGUGAUCACUGUACUUGAUAAAUCUACUGAAACUGCAUCAAGUUCUUCGUGUGUUGAGAUAAGGAGGCAAAAGAAAGGUGAUAUAUUCUUUCUAAAAGGUGAAGAAAAUGAUGAGAAAUCUGUAUCAUUGGUUCUGCGGAUAUCUGAUGAAAGUGGACGAGCUAGAAAUAUUCAUUUCAUUUUUUACCUUGACAGUGAUACAGCUGUCUCAGUUUCAAGUGAAAUGGUUGAGCAACUUGAACUUGCUGAUCAGAAUGUUAAAUUCAUCACAGAAUUGAUAGAUUUGUUAUUGAUGAAUUUGAUUCCUGAAUGGAAACCUUGCAUAGCAGUUGAUCAUUUGAUUUCUCCAAUGAGCAAAGCCAGUCAUGCAAACCACAGAAACUUGGAUUUGAAAAAAAGCAAGGGAAGCUCUGAAGUUGUGUCAGGUUCCUCAACUUUGUCUAUGAGAUCAAUUGCAAAAGAAAACUUUGAUAACAUGGAUUUUGAUGAAAUUUUAGCUCAUGAAUGCCUUGGUCUUCAAAAAGCAACUAAGACGGAUGAUUUGUGUUCUGAAAUUUCAUAUGCUUCUGCAACAUCAGACUUCUUCACUGACAAAUUUUCUAUGGUUUCAUUCACAUCUGCUGAAUCAGGAUUCGAUAGAGGGAGUCGAUCCUCGAUUGCAUCUGAAAUUGGAGCAUUUGAUAAGACUAAGUUUUCAGAUAUGGAGAGUAAUGGCAUGAGUUUCUCUGGUCAUUUUAAUUUUGUUUCCUCUUCGUGUGAAUCCAAAGAUGAUUUGAAAACAGAAUUAGAAAUGAUUGAACAGAGGUUUCAAGAAGCUAUUAAAGAUUUAUCUAAGAGAAGACAUCAGGCAAUCAUGGAGGUUACAAGAAGAAUGUCAGAGAAGAUAGCAUCCUAGAAUAGUUU